AUGGGCAUCCAGCGACUCGGAAUAUUCCUGCUGGCGAUCGGCGUUCUCGCCGCCGCCUCCGCCGCACGCAGCACGGAGAAGAAAGCGGGGGCGGUGGUGGAGGCGGAUGACCAGGAGGCUGCAGCCACCAGCAGUCAAGAGAAGAAGCAGCAGCAGGAGCAGAAGGAGCAGAAGGCUAGCGAAGAAGAGGGCCGAGGCGAAGGCGAGCGCCGGCAGGACAAGCGGGAGCUGCACGGCGGCUUCGGGGGCGGCGGGGGAUUCGGGGGCGGCGGAGACUACGGCGGCGGACACCACUUCGGGGGCGGUGCCGACUUCGGGGGCGACGAAUCCUUCGGUGGCCACACAAGCUUCGGGGACGAGACGGCCUUUGGAGGCGGCAGUAGCUACGGAGGCGGCAGUGGCUUCGGAGGCGGCAGUGGCUACGGAGGCGACGGAGGUUUCGGAGGCGAUGGAGGAUUCGGAGGCGGUGGAUAUGGCGGCGGUUAUGGAUAUGGUGACAAAGGUCACCACGAGCACGUGUCAGUGAAAGACGUGCCCUCGACAACGCUGACAAAGAAGAUACCGGUGCCGGUACCUCAGCCUUACCCAGUCCACGUCCCAGUGCCCAAGCACGUGCCCUACACUGUUGAGAAGAAAGUGCCCUACCCUGUUAAGGUACCAGUCGACAAGCCCUACCCGGUACAUGUUCCCAAGCCAGUACCGUACCCUGUCACCAAGGAGAUACACGUCCCAGUCAAAGUUCCCGUCGAAAGGCCGGUCCCAUACAAAGUUCCUGUGGAGAAGCUAGUCCACUACCCUGUGGAAGUGAAGGUCCCUGUACCCAAACCUUACCCCGUACACGUGGAAAAGCCGUAUCCGGUGUAUGUGGAAAAGAAGGUGCACGUACCACACCCGUACCCAGUGGAGGUCAAGGUUCCAGUACCAAAGCCGUACAAGGUCCCUGUCAAAGUCCCGAUCCACGUACCAGUUGACAAGCCAUACCCGGUCCACGUCAAGGUUUUCGUCGAGAAGCCGUACCCUGUGGAAGUACCCAAACCGUACCCAGUCGAAGUUAAGAAACCAGUGCCCUAUAUAGUCCACAAGCACGUGCCGUACCCAGUGAAGGUCCCCGUCGACAAACCGUACCCUGUCGAGGUGCCGAAGCCGUAUCCGGUUGAAGUCAAACAACCGUACCCAGUGGAGAUAGAGAAGAAAGUACCACUAGAGGUGGAGAAGAAGGUACCUUAUCCAGUGAAAGUGCCAGUCGACAAGCCUUACCCAGUCGAGGUGCCAAAACCGUAUCCAGUAGAGGUGAAAAAACCUGUACCUUAUCAUGUAGAGAAGCCUGUACCUGUCCCAGUUAAAGUUCCUGUUCCCAAGCCUGUGCCAUAUGAGGUCGUUAAACAUGUGCCGUACCCAGUGCACGAACAUCAUGAAGACUACCAUCAUGAAGACCACCAUCAUGAAGACCACCAUCAUGAAGACCACCAUGGUGGAUAUGAACACCAUGAUGCAGGGUACUAA